CAGGCGGGGAGGGGGACGCUCAGGCGCACGCGCAAGAAGAGCGGUUGCGCAUGCGCCUAGCUGCCCGUCUGGGACGCCUCUCGCGCUCUGCCUUGCCCGGCCUUGCCUGCGGGCGGGAGCCUUUCGCCUCUCCCUGGAGCGGGGCUGCUCCGCUCACUUCCGGCCGGCGGUGUGUGCGCUUCCUCCUUUGCUUUAAUGCCCCCACGAGGGGCUGCAGCAGAAGCAGCGGGAUGAUGGCUGAAGAGGUGUGAGAAGAGGGAGCCGGACUGAGCCAUGGCCGUCCUUGACACCCCGCAGAAGGCAUUUGGGGUCCUGCGUCCUGCUUGCGUGCAGCUGACCAAGAGACUGACGGCGGAGAAUGUGGAGCUCCUCCACACGCAGCUGCAGGUGGUCAGUGACUCUGCCUUGCAAGAGCUCCAGGAGUAUGUCCUCUUCCCUCUGAGGUUCACCCUCAAGACGCCAGGGCCUAAGCAAGAGAGCGUGGUCCAGAGUGUGGUGCAGUGUAUGACCUUCGUGCUCUCCACAACCUGCGUGAAGAAAGCAGACCUUCUGCAGGAGCUGUUCUCUGAGCUCUGCAUGUGUCUGGCAUCUCCUUCCAGCCCACACCAACUGGCACCGUUGUCGGAAGAAUUGAAGCAGGCUGUGAUCCAGGCGCUUCUGGCUUUGCUGCAUUCGGCUUAUGGGGAUGUGGUCUUGUCUCUCUACCAGCCUUCCACCCUUCCCCACUUGGGCUUUGCUGUGUCUCUGCUCCUGGCCUUAGCAGAACAGGAGAAGGCCAGGCAAGUCAAGCACUCGGCCAUAAGGUGCUUGCAGGCUCUUGUUCUGCAGUGUGACUGCCAGGAGUAUCACAGGCCCUUGGCUGAGGAGGAGACGAGGCGAUGCGGGGAUCUGUUUGCUUCUUUCCUCCCGGGGAUCUCGAUCUCACUCUCCCGGAUCAUCACAGGAGAUGUGAAGCAAGGUCACGCGGUCACCGUUGCGGCUGUCAGACUCUUCGCUCGGAUUAUAAGUCUAGUAAUGGCAGAUGAGCAGCUGGCACAGAUCCCACCAGUGAGAGAGAAGGCUGCCUUGGAGCAGAGCAGAAUAGCCGAACUCCUGGUCCAUCGAGGCCUGGACUGGACAAAGAGCACUGCGGCCAAACUCUCCAUCCUCAUCAAGAAGGUGGUGGACUGCGUGGUGGUCCACCCACACUGGAGGGCAAGGAAGGAGCUUGUCGAGAUGGUCCGUCUCCUCAUGGAAAAGUGCAGCCGGUCCUUGGUGGGGUCCGUUGGCCAGCUUCUAAAAGUCUUAGUUGGUCUAGUGAAUGAUGAGCGCUCCGAGGUCCAAAGCCGGAGUAACGAGGUCCUGAGGAGCAUUGCGGAGCAGGGAAUGGUGGCUGAGAACCGAGGCCUUGCUGAUGUCCUUUCAGAGGAUCUCCACUCCCUGGCCACUGCUCUCCCUCGCUUAAUGAAUUCCCAGGAUGACCAGGGCAAGCUCUCCACCUUGAACCUGCUUCUUGGGUACCUGAAACUCUUGGGGCCCAGGGUGAACAUGGUCCUCAACUCUGCAUCCCAUCUUCAGCGCCUCUCCAAGGCAUUAAUGCAAGUUCUGGAGCUGGACGUGCAGGACGUGAAGAUCAUGGAAGAAAGAGUUGGGGGCCCUGGAGGCCUGCAGGAGCCACUCGGGCCUUGGCUGGUGCUUUUGCAUAAGGGCGGCAGCCAGAGGAAGUACUUCCGGUUCUUCACCGACGAUCAGAUUUACUUCCUGCUUCAGCAAGUUUGCCAGGUUCUUGGUUACUAUGGGAAUCUUUAUCUGCUUGUGGACCAUUUCAUGGAGUUAUACAGAGAGUCAGCUGCAUACCGGAAGCAGGCUGCAAUGGUUGUGAACGAGCUCCUUACUGGCGCUGCUGGGCUUGGGGUGGACGUCCUCCAUGAACGGGAAACUAGGCUGAGCACUGAGGAUCUCACAGGGGUCAUAACUUCUGUGCUGGAAGAAUACAUGGACCAGGCAAACUGGCGUUUGGUCACCAACAUUGAGGCUGAAGAGGCCACCACUGAACCCGCCAUGAAUUAUUCUGGGCUUCUUGCUGUUCCCUCUGGAGCCCACGACCAGCCUCUUCCUUCCACAGAUUCAAAGGCCACGAUGCACUCCAUGAACAGCAACAUCUGGCAGAUCUGCAUCCAGCUGGAAGGGGUGAGCCGCUUUGCCUGUGCGCUCAGGGAGGACUUCCGUCCGCUCUUAAUCUCAGCCUUGUAUCCCGUUCUGGAAAAGGCAGGAGAUGGCACGCUGCUGAUCAGCCAGGCAGCAGUGGGGACCAUGGGGGACAUUUGCCAGGCCUGCAGCUACGACUCUGUCCCGGACCUUAUCAACCAGAAUGCCGACUACCUGGUGAACGGGAUCUCGCUGCACCUGCGCCAUCGGGAGCAUGAACGCCCUGCCUCGCGGGUCCUGGAGGCCAUGCUCCGGCACUCGGAUGCCAACGUGCUGCCGCUGGUGGAGGACGUAGUUCAAGAUCUGCUGGCCGCACUUGACCAGUGUCAUGGCGACGGAGUGUCUUCCAUCCUCAGGGUCCUGCACACACUGAUGACCAUGCUAGCUUCCUGGUUCGUGGUGGAGCCACCGGCAGGGAAGUCUUUGGUGCACGAAGGAGGUCCUCUGCCAAAGGCUACCGGGCAAGCUGAGAAAAGUCCUGCCACGAUGCCCACUGCAGAGGAGAUGGAGGCGUUCUUCCUCGAGUACAUUGAGCAGAAGCAGAUUGCGGAGGGUGAUCUCCCAGAUGCGGAGGGCGAAGAAGGGGGAGAGGAGCAGCUGCCUGCUGUGGGGUCGGAAGCAAAUGACCAGGCCUUUGGGACGGAGAGCCCCUUGCCGCUCCACGCCCAGACUGCCAAGGAGGUGAUGGAGAGAUGCAUCCACUUGCUCUCUGACAAGAGUCUUCGUGUGCGCCUGAAGGUGCUGGAUGUGUUGGAGCUCUGCGUGGCAGGACUGCAGCUGCAUGAAAGCCACCUCCUCCCGUUGGCUCAUCGGACGUGGCCCGCCCUUGUCAGCCGCCUGACCCACGACGACCCCCUGGCGGUCCUCAGAGCCUUCAAGGUGCUGUGCACUCUGGGAGCUCACAGCGGAGAUUUCCUAAGGAGGCGAUUCUCCAAGGACAUCCUGCCCCAACUGGCCGGCUCCCUCACCAGCCAGGCCCCUGUCAGUGCCCGUGCGGGACCCAUCUACAGCCACGCCCUGGCCUUCAAGCUGCAGCUGGCUGUGCUUCAGGGCCUCGGGUCGCUCUGCCAAACCCUGGAGCUUGAUGAGAGCGGCCUGCAUCAGGUGGCGUGUGCCUGCCUGCCCUACCUCAGCGCAAAGCAGCCUGUGAAACUGCAAGAAGCCGCCUGCAGCGUUUUCCGCUCUCUGAUGCAGAUGGAUCCGGACGGCGCCUGGCUCUUCCUCUGCGAGGUGUGGUGCCCCCUUGCCUACGAGCCCCCCCACCCCAGCCUGCACCCUGUGAAGCUGGGCGGGCUGGGGAAGAAGCGGGGCGAGUUCACGGACAACGUGCAGCGCCUGCUGGGUGAACUGCAGGGCAGGGGAGGCAGCAGCUCCUGACGGACGCCCUUGAGCGAUGCAGGGGGGAGCCCCACCCUCCAGGGCUGCGGAGCAAGGAGGACGAGGGGCUGGAAGUGGGGAGAGGCUGCCGCCUCUGAAGAGCACCCUUGGGAGGAGCGGGCUGGCCGGAGAAUGUCUCUGGGCCUGGGAUGUCCGCCUCUUCCCACGGACCUGCGUGCUUGAUGCUCCAGGGGCCCUUGAACUUCUUCUGGGGACCCCCUGCCCCGUGUUGCCUCGCUGCUCUCCCGGCCUAGAUGUGCCUCCUGAGAAGGAGCAGGAGGGCCCUGUCCUGGGGCUGCUGCCUUCCGGAGGAGGGCUCUGGCUGUGCCCGCACAGAGGCGCCUUGGCAGCCACGGGGGAGGCCGGGCCAAGUCCCGGCCAGCGUCCAGCGUCUGAGUGCUCUCCCCCGGGGCUCUGCAGGACGAGAUGCCGUGGGGUGCCCCUGUGCUCCUUCCUGCUUGGUUGAUGCUGGGAGUGGGAGGGCCGGGGCGAGGCCCACUCCUUUCCUGAGCAGUCGCCGAGUGAACGCUGCAGCCAGGACCCCGGAGCCCUCCCUCCCGGAGGAGCUGAUCAGCACACACUGUGGCCACCUUCCCGCUCCCUCCUCUGCCACCGAUUCCUUGUGGGCAACCUUGGCAGAAAGCCGGGGGCCCCCUCCGUGCCCUCGCUCUGCAGGAGCACUUCUCUCCCGUCGGGUGCUCUGCUUUGGAGCCACGUUGCUAUUCAAGCGGUGACACCUGCACUUUCCCAGCUGGGUCAUCGUCUGCUGUCAACCGCUAAUAGUCAGAGCUGGCCACUGAGAGGAAAGGCAGCCCCAUCCUCUCUUGACAUCUGAAAGAGGUGGUUGCGCUUUUGGUCUGGUGGCGCCUCCGCCUCGUGUGCCUGACACUCUGGUGGCUCCUUGGAUUAAAGAGGAGCGAAGGUGGCUGGGAAA